AUGGAGCUACUGAAGGAAUUUCUAGAAGAGUGGAGGAGUGCAGUUGGUAGGGUGAAGGACCGAGUGAUAUGUGAGCAGAUAGGAAUUAGGGAUGAGUGUAGUGCCGUGGUUUCUGAGAAAGCAGGUGCUUGUCCAAAAGAGGUAAGCGGUGAAGUGGACAAAGAAAACGACGAAAGAUUUCCUUGUGAUGGUGACUUUGAAGGAAGUGUGUUUGACCAUGAGAGUUUAAUCCCAGGGCACAUCCCUAUUAUAAAGAACCGGGAUGAGAAGGAUCUUUCUAUGCAAGAGGAGAGGAGGGAUGUAGUGGGUCCACAGGCUAUGUCGUCUUGCAUGGACAUGAGCAGAGAGAAUAAUUCUAAUUGUAAAGAGUUGAUUGCCAAGGAGGAAACAAAUGGAGUGGAUUUGUAUUCUUCGGAGUCUUGCAAGGGGGUAAAGCUUAGCAAGCCCUCUGUAAUUAGAGAUCUUGCGAUCAAUCCACCCAAAAGAAGAGAUGUUCUAGAGCCUUCUGCUAGAGAUGCAAAGUCUGAGAAAGAAGUGGGAAAGGUCCAACUUGGAGUUAUGAGUAAAGAUAAAGAUGGCAAAAACUUAAGUAAAAAUGUCAAAUUGAAUGAAGCUUUAAUCCAGUUGAAGAAAAGAUAUCUUGACAGGGUAAAUGAGUCUGUGUGUGGCAAAGCCGAGAAAGGGAUGAGAAUUGAGGAGAUGAGCAAGCCAGGGGUGGCAGGUUCACACAAGGUGGGGUCACCCCCUUUCAAUGCAAAUGGCCAGGAAUCUGAAGCGAUGAAAAGAUUCGAUGGAAGUAAUCUCUACAAGCAAGCAAUAGAUCAUCAGCUUCUUAAGUCUGCAGGUAGGGUUCCUCAGGAUGUCUACAAGCCAAAGACAAAAAUACCACGAGUAGAUGAAGACGACAUUAUUUUGGAUCCAGACUUUAUUGUUCCAGACUUUGCUAAGGACCCAGCAAUAAACUUCAAAGUGAAAAUGCAAGACCACCGAGCUCUCGAGAAAUACUUUUCGAAUGGACAUGAAAUUGAUGUGGAGAGACUGUUUCCUCAUGUGAGGAAUGUGUCAAACAACAGUCCCAACAAAUGGCCAUCAAAGAGAAGUGGGGGAUGA